UAAACCCACCUGUGUUCCUUGUUGUGUCUUGUCCAGCGUCAAGUCUGUCGUCUAGUUUGCAGUCUAUGUGAUUAUUACCAGUUGCUACCAGUUUUUGAGCUAAUAGCCUUCUGCUCACUUUGUGCUGCCUGGGUUUUGGACUUUGGAACUGUAUUUUCACCAUUAAAUCACCAUUAAUUCUCUACAACCAGGAUCCGGCGCGUCUACCUCACCACUUUCAUAACUGCACUUCAUGACACAAUGUUCACUUACUGCCUAAUAUAUCCCACCCAUAGACAGGUGCCAUGAAUGAUUGAAGAUUGCAGGCGGAGGGGUGACAACAUGGCAGACAGAAGGCAGCUGUAUGUCGAGAUGAGGGCACAGGAUUUGGAUUCAAUACGAUUAUCAACAUACAGAACAGCCUGCAAACUCCGAUUUGUGCAGAAGAAAUGCAACCUGCAUUUGGUUGAUAUUUGGAACGUCAUUGAGGCUUUCCGAGAAAAUGGUCUGAACACCAUGGAACUCAAUUCUGAGCUGGCUGUGGCUCGUCUGGAAGUGGUACUUUCCACCUUGUUCUUCCAACUUAACAAGCGAAUGCCAACCACUCACCAAAUCAAUGUAGAGCAGUCCGUCGGUCUGCUACUCAACUUUCUGCUGGCAGCAUACGACCCGGAAGGCCAUGGCAAGAUUUCUGUUUUUGUUGUGAAGAUGGCGCUUGCCUCAAUCUCCGGAGGGAAAAUUCUGGAUAAAUUAAGAUAUAUAUUUUCGCAUCUAUCGGAUUCUGCUGGAAUAAUGGUGCACUCGCAGUUUGACCAAUUUCUGCGAGAGGUUCUCAAAUUGCCCAUGGCGGUGUUUGAGGGACCUUCUUUUGGCUACACUGAGCAAGCUGCACGAGCAUGUUUCAUUCAGCAGAAAAAGGUCUCCCUCAACACAUUCCUUGAUACGCUGAUGUCAGACCCGCCCCCUCAGUGUUUGGUGUGGCUACCUCUCAUGCAUCGGCUUGCCAACGUUGAGAACGUGUUUCACCCGGUCGAGUGCUCCUACUGCCAAACUGAGAGUAUGAUGGGCUUCCGCUACCGCUGCCAGCAAUGUCAUAAUUACCAGCUCUGUCAGGACUGCUUCUGGAGGGGGCAUGCCAGCGGUUCCCAUAGCAACCAGCACCAAAUGAAGGAGUAUACGUCAUGGAAAUCCCCAGCUAAGAAGUUAACCCAUGUCCUCAGUAAGUCACUGAGCUGUGCCUCCAGCAGAGAGCCCCUGCACCCCAUGUUCCCCGAUAUGCCAGAGAAACCUCUCAACCUAGCUCAUGUUGUAGACACGUGGCCACCAAGACCAGUAAAUAUAACCAAUGACUACUCACUGUCCCACUCCAUGCCUACAUCAGGGAACCCUUACUCCACCAAAAACCAGAAUAAUGAUGCUGGCCAAAAAAAGUCUUGGUUUGGGGUUGCUCCACAGCUGUUGAAAGGGAAAGGGUUAAAGUACAACCUCGACGUUGCUGAUAGACUUGGUGACGAGCAUGUUCUCAUUGGCCUCUAUGUGAAUCUGCUUCAAAACAGCCCCAAAUCUUGUUUGCUGGAAAGCAGUAACCAUCAAGAUGAGGAGCACAGUCUCAUUGCUCGCUACGCUGCUAGACUGGCUGCUGAAGCUACGGUUCAACAGCAGAGGGUCCCCAUAGACCUCCCCUACUCUCUGGAUACCAACAAACAACAGAGGCAGCUCAUUGCAGAGUUGGAGAGCAAAAACAGAGAAAUCCUGCAGGAAAUCCAGAGGCUGCGUCUUCAGCAUGAGGAGGCUUCCCAGCCUCCACCAGACAGGGGCCAACAAAACCCUACCCUGCUCGCCGAGCUGCGACUUCUCAGGCAACGCAAAGAUGAGCUCGAACAAAGAAUGUCUACUCUGCAGGAGAGUCGCAGGGAGCUCAUGGUGCAGCUGGAGCAGCUAAUGAUGCUUCUCAAGAUAGAAGAAGAACAAAAACAAGCAAGUACUCAGGGUCCCGGCUCUCCACGCUCUUCUCCCAGCCACACCGUCAGCCGGCCGAUCCCCACGCCAAUCCACUCGGACUCUGCUGGCACCACUCCGACUCACACACCUCAGGACUCACUCAUGGGCGUGGGAGGGGAUGUUCAAGAAGCCUUCGCUCAGGGUCCAAGGAGAAAUCUGAGGAACGACCUUCUCAUUGCUGCUGACUCCAUAACCAAUACCAUGUCAUCACUUGUGAAGGAGCUAAAUUCAGAAGGUGGUAGUGAGACAGAGAGCCUCUUGGAUUCAGACUUUGGACAAUGUGACCUAAUGGCUACAACUUCCUCAGACUUUUACUUCUCUUAUAAACCAAGACCUACUAGAGCUGCAGAAGAAGAGGCUUUUGAAAACAAUCUGGACCAGCAGCUAGAGGAGGAGCUCAAGUUGGAGGAGCUGGUAAAGCACAGACAAGAGAUGGACAAAACGUGCUUGGUGACAAUGGAGCAGUGAUUGUGGAAGUCCAGUUGACUGGUAAGCAACAAUAGUGGAAGACACUGGAAGUAGCAACACUGGGCUGAAGACAGGCAGCAUUGAAGACAUGAAGAAUUAAACCUGUGCUAAAUCCAACCAUAGAAAUACACAUUUAUGUGAAGAUAUAUUUUUUAUCCAAACACAUAUUUAAGGUAAUACUGUGAGCUGGUGUGAAGAGAUUAAAUACUGAGCUUUCUAUUACACCACAGGUGCCAUAAAAACACAGUUGUUUCCAAACUUUUGUUUAGUUUUCUUCUUUAGUUUUUUAGAAACCGUACACUGUAAGUACAAGGUGGUGAACGACUUUCUUUCAAAAUCUCAUGUUUUUGGACACAAAGAACCAAGCCUACAUGUAAAUUUCUCGCCUGAUUUUUAAAUCAUAACAUGAGAGUGUGUAAUGGUAUAAACUGCUAACAUCUGAAAUAUUUUGUAUCUAUUAUUCUGAUUGAGACAUGUGAACAAAUUUAGCACUAUUUCAUACAUUUCCUACUGUUGCUACUUGUAAAUGUAUUUCUGUUCUUUUUUGUGUUUAGUUUUUUUUUUUAAUAGGUGGAUAAUGUAAAUGUUUUAGUUGGUGAAUCAGUAACAAUGAUGCACACUGCCUUAGCUGUCUGCUUAAUCUCCUGUUGCAGUUCUUCUACAGUACUUGACAAUACAGCAUCUAGCCUACAUGACAAAACACAACUACAUUGAUGCUGGUUGAGCUUAACCUCAAUGAAACCCUGGUGUGGGUCUGCAAAUAUAGUCCUCUUUACAUUUAAUCCCUGGUGAAGAUGUUAACAUGUAUUCUAAUAAAUCCGGAUUUUAUUAAAAAAAUAUAUUCUCACAUUAAAACAACUGGGAAAAAAAACCAGAUUGUUAAUUUGAAUAUAUUUAUUCUAUGGAAAAGAAAUUCUAAGUUGGGAAGUAAUCGUUUUGAACAAAAUCACUGGUUUCAUAAUUUUGGCCUCUAAUGUAUCUAUUACCAUUCCCCUUUGCACAAUGUCUCAUUUAUCGAGCAUCUGUGGCCUUAUCUUUCCCUCCUCUGUUUGUCUUACCAACUGUUUCUCUGAAAAUGGACAUUUGAACAAGGUUGAGUUUGGUCCUGGUGAACCAUUUCUGUGUGGAUUUAGCCUUAUGUAUUGGAUCGUCACACUACUGAAAGACCCAAUGACGACCCAUUUGGCAAAGGCUAGCAAAGUUUUAUUUAAACUGUCCUGGUUUUUCAAAGGGUUUAGGAUAGUAUUCCAGGGCCUUAGAUACUUAAAACAUAUUAGAUCCCACAGCAACAUAGGGGGCAUGACGUGCUUUACCUUGUAUUCAUUAUCUGUGUCAAUCCAGACCCAGAUUAAGCAGUGCGAAAUUACCAAAGCACAAGGUCACAGUUAAAGUUUUUAGCGAAUGGCACAAACAUAUUUAAAUGGUAGAAAUGGAAAUUACAAGAGCAUUCUUUGGGUGCCAUUAAGUAUCUUCAAACUGGUUAGAAUCAAAUAUAUAUGUUAAGUUUUCUUUUGCAGCCAAGGAAUUAUUUGCAUAAAAAUUUAAUUGUACUUUAUUGACUAUAAACUGAAAUUAUUUUUAGUGAUGUACAAAUCAUAAUUUAAAUGAGUGAAAGUUUAAAAACCAGCUACUGUUGGAAGGUUGAACAAAAUUCAGAUGCGGUUGAAAUUUUAUUGUUAGCAGUUUGGUAACAAGCAUAGAUGAUUAUCUCAUAUGAAGCUUCCAAAAUGACACAAAUUAACUUUGAGUAUUUGAUCAAGACAGAAAACUAUCUAAUAAUGCAAGAUAUGUGUCCAGGACUGCACAUUCCUUUUAGUAGUGUAGUCAUUUGUGCUUUAUGCCUGCCGCUCUAUAGAGUCUUUAUUUUACUAUACUGUCUGAAAGAUUGUUAGAAACAAUUUGAACUGUGUAAAACUGGGAUCUAUUUUCAGCCAGGUUAGAGUUCUGAAGACCUAAUAUUUUUACAUUGUUCAUGUGUUGAUUGAUUUUCAGGUUAAUUUCAAAUAGGAACAACAGUUCCCAGCAUGGGAUCUGAAAAAUCCCAAAGCUUUUGUCUACCAAAUCGUCUGUUGUUCAUCCACAUUUUCUCCCCCAUCAACUUGCUAGAGAUUUAAGGUCUUAUGGUUGGUAUUGGAUGGGUUUUGGAAGCUUUAGAAAACUCCGUCAGCUGACUCCUGCACAUGCACAGCUCGCAAGCUGACAUAGUACCUUGUCAAAACAAACACUUAAAGGUGUCAGUUGUACCAGCACAAAUCAAUGAAGCAAUCCAAACCAGUUUGUAGACAAAUCUUAGAAAAGGUUAGUGUUUUCACAGAGAAUUGCCUUGCAGAUGGAGAUACUACAAGAGUGAGCAAAAUUAAUACAGCACUAUUAGGUAAACAAAUUUAGCCAAGUAUUAAUCAUAGAUUACUCCCUUUCUCUGAGUCAAUGUCAUUACUCCCACAAACCUCCAUGUGGCUUGCACACCAACACAGUCUUUGUGAGUGUGCAUGUAAUAAACUUUGCCCUGUCACUUUAGGAAAAAUGGCAAGCCCAUUUAAAACCAUAAAUGUGUGAAAUAUAUCUAGCUUGAUUUUUAUUUUAUUUUUUAUUUUAACUUUCAAGCAAGUUCAUAGCAGUGAUUUUUGCAUGGUGGUGAUGCAUAAUAAAGUGUUGACACAAUAUCAAAGUUUUUGCCUAUGA